GGCUUCCUCCACCCUCUUCUCUGCAGAUUAUAGGCCUCGUAAUCUUCUGUGUGGGCAUUUAUGCUGAAGUGGAAAGACAGAAGCACCGGACGCUGGAAGGGCUUUUCCUUGCCCCAGCUGUCAUUCUCAUCCUCCUGGGCAUCACGAUCUUUGCCGUUUCUUUUAUUGGCAUGGUGGGCUCCCUCCGAGACAACCGGACGCUGCUGAAAACCUUCUUCUGGGUCCUCCUGGCCAUCUUCGUCACUGAGUUGCUGCUGCUGCUGGUUGAAAUCAUCUUCGAGAAGCAGAUGAAUGCCGUGUUCCAUUCCACCAUUCAGGAUGGGAUAAGGCACUAUUACGAUGACCUGGAUUUCAAAAAUAUUUUGGACUAUGUUCAGCAAAAGUUUUCCUGCUGUGGAGGAGAUGAAUUCAGAGACUGGCAUGUGAACCCAUAUCAUUCAUGCAACGGCAGUGGCCCUCUGGCCUGCGGAGUACCCUACACGUGCUGUGUCAGGAAGGCCCCGGGAGAAGUCAUCAACACACUCUGUGGAUACCGGACUCUAAAUCAACAGCGACUGGAGCUGGUGAACACAAUUCACGUGCGCGGCUGCAUCCACGCAGUGAGCUUUUGGUUCAAAGACCAUUUUGAAGCCACUUUUGGGAUUGUUUGCUCUUUGCUCCUUCCUCAGGUCAUAGGCUUGGUGAUGGCCUGGCUACAUUGGCAGAAGCUCAACGAGAUUCAUUCCCAGAUGGACACUGUGGAUUUCAAGCAACUCGAGUGGAGUAACUUCAAUUUUGCCGCUCUGGACCUCACGGGGGCUGGCUGGUGCUGGUGCUUGCCUCGAGAAGGUGGUUACAUCCCAGUCCAUGACAAAGAAGAGGAGAACGAGGUUGAGGCUGCCAUUGGCCAAAGCAAAGUGUGAAGCCAUUGAGUUGCCGAAGGUGCCCAUUUCAGAGAGACUGCCCAGCGCCAGCCUGUAGGGAGAACUGUAUUCUGCUAAGCAAGGAGAUCUGUGGGUGCUUUAUCUUCCGAAGUGCACACUACCACUCACAAGUUGUUUUUGUAUACUAGCUUGAUGUUUAAAAUUCAAGUAAAAUUUUUCCAGUUUUGGGAUUCUGAAUUUUUAGUAAUCUUUUUUUAUUUUUUUAUUUUUAAAACCCUAAAAUGUAGAGGCUUUUUAUUUAAAUUUUAGAACUUUAGUAGGAGAAAGAAUAUGAACUCUGUGUAUUUUGUACCUCAGAUUGUUAAAAUAUUGUCCCUGCGUUCACCUACAUAUUACCUAGUAGAUGGCCCAAUGUUUUUACACCCAUUUAUUUCAAAUUUAGUCAGUGCUUUGAUUUCCAAAGAAAGUCUCUUGACAACUUUAAUGCAGUUUCUUCACUACAAAACCCAGCCAGUCAAGAAUUGUGUAGUGCAGCUUUUUCCAAUCCUUUCCAUUUCACAGACUACAAUAUCACCAUCAAAAGAUUCUAAGGAUCACCAUGAAAAGCAAUGUUGGCAACACUAUGCCCGUUGAGACCAUGAUAGGUAAUGGCACAUAUGGAUCUCCAAAAUAAAAUAAUAAUAAUAAUAAUAAUGAUGAUGAUGUUCUCAUCUGAAAUAUUGCAAAAUACAAGGGAAGAACAAUUUUACAGAUGUGGGAAUCCCCACAUUUUUUGCCAUUUUUGAAAAUUAACUUUUAUUUUGGCUCUCUCCUUAAGUAUUCUCAUGUAGCAGUAGUUCCUGGGCUACAUAAAUGGAACAUGAUGUUGUAGCACUAGAUUGCCAAUCAGCUGCAGCUUUGUGACACUGUUGUGGACAAGUAAAGGCUGUAUUCUGUGCAUCCACACUGAACUGGUACUGGAGGACAAAGUGUGUUUCCUUCACCAAGGUGACCACAGUACCCGAAAAAGAAGCACAUUCCGUAUUGGUGGAAAUUUCACAGCAACACAGGGUGUUAAAUGAACAUCUGCCUUAGGAAAUGGGCCAUGCAGAAGGCAUUUUCUCAUGUUUUGAAAAAAGGACCUUUGUUGAGGAGGUACAGAAAUGCUUGUAAAAUCUUGUUCCUUUUUAGUCAUGCUGCUUUUGAAGUUUGCUGUAUAUUUUCUGCUCCUACUUUUCAUGAUUUUUCUAAGUCCCAAUUUGUAUACAGAUCACCCUGGGUGCCUGGGAGGUAGUGGCUGUGAUUGAUCGGUUGACUGAUCAAUUGAUUGAUUAAAUAAAUAAAUGGUUGAA